AUGGUGGGACUGCAAAGCUCACUUGAGAAAAGUGAAGUCUUUGUUAUGCCUGAGCGUGAUGAUGAUGUGAAGAUGAUCGGAAUAUGGGGUCCUGCGGGAAUCGAAGCUCUUGAGAUGUUAUGUCUAUCUGCUUUCAAACAAAGGUCUGUGCCAGAUGGUUUUGAAGAGGUUGCACGUAAAGUAGCAGAGCUUUGCGGUAAUCUUCCGUUAGGCUUUCUGUUGUGGGUUCAUCUCUGCGUGGGGAGAGCAAGGAACGAGUGGGAAGUUCAGAUAUCUAGGAUCGAAUCUAGUCUUGAUAGAAAAUUGAGGACAUAUUAA